ACUCGAAGCACUGGCUGGAAUCAAUAUAAUUUGGACUCUUCCCUAGAUAACACCACGGUUCCCCUGCUGAAGUACAUGUGACACUGCAAUUUGCGCUAAAACAUUCUAAGCAACUCAGGAGCCAAGAGGAAGAAAGCAUUAUGCAACGCAUUGCAAUUAUUGGAGGAACCGGCAUGACCGGCGAAUGUGCGGUAGAUCACGCUUUGGAAAAAGGUCUUAAAGUUAAACUGCUGUAUCGGACUGAGGCCACGAUUCCAGAACGGUUCAAGUCCAAAGUUGACUUGGUUCAUGGGGACGCUACCAAAUACGAGGAUGUAAAGCGCCUGAUCGAGGGUGUAGAUGGAGUGUGCGUGAUAUUGGGAACGCGCAACAAGUUGGAGGCAACCACGGAACUCUCGCGCGGAACCGAAAAUCUAAUCAAGGCCAUGAAAGAGGCUAAAUUGACAAAGUUCUCCAUUGUGAUGUCCUCGUUCCUGCUUCGGCCCUUGAACGAAGUCCCCGCGGUCUUUCACAAGCUGAACGAGGAGCACCAGCGAAUGCUAGACCUGACCAAGGCUUCGGGGCUGGAGUACAUAGCUAUCCUCCCGCCCCACAUCGCCGACGAACCUUCCACCGCAUAUACAGUGGUACAUGAUGAAGCCCCGGGUCGGCUGGUGUCCAAAUAUGAUUUGGGCAAAUUUAUUGUAGAUAGUUUGGAUCAGCCGGAACACUACGGCAAGGUGUGUGGUAUUGGAAAGGCCCCAAAAAGCACCUGAAUCCCUCACAACCAGGGAAUUAGCAUUUUGAACCAUUUGCAGCUGAUCGAUUGAAUCGUACAAAUAUUAAUAUUUUUCAUAGCCCAUACAAGUAACUUAGAUUGCUGAUUGUAAUGUGCGCAAGCGCCCAAUAAACUUUCCAUUUUUGAAAAGUA